AUCAUGUCAGUGAGGAAUCACAGCUUUGUGACAGGGUUUGUCAUCGUUGGUUUCCCGGGUCUUCAGCCAGAGUUCUACAGCCUUGCCUCAACUGUAUUAUUCCUCGUUUAUUGUUGCAUUUUAAUAGGAAAUAUUGCUGUUCUUAUCUUGUUUGCAACUCAUAACGUUCUCCAUAAACCAAUGUAUUUUAUCAUUUUGAAUCUGGUUGUGUCUGACGUACUAUUCAGCACCACCACUUUACCAAAGAUUAUUGCCAGAUAUUGGUUUCAGGCAGGAGCAAUUUCUAUCUUUGGUUGUUUCUUGCAAAUGUACUUAGUUCACUAUUUUGGAUCCGUAACUAGCUUUCUCCUCUUGAUAAUGGCUUUAGAGCGAUACGUGUCAAUCUGUUUCCCACUCAGAUACCCAAUGAUUGUCAACAACUCAACUAUUCAUAUACUCAAUGUCACUGCGUGGGUGCUUGCACACCUUCCCUCUCUUUCAAUGGUAAUUAGGGCCUAUCCUCUUCCUUACUGUGACUCAAAUAAAAUCAUGCAGUGCUACUGUGAUCAUAUCGCUAUAACAACGCUUGCAUGCACUGAUAGGGCCCCUUAUAGUUUUCCUGCUUUUGUUGUAGCAAUGGUGGUAUUACUGGGACCUCUUGCUUUUAUUAUAUUCUCAUAUUGCUCUAUUAUUGUGGCAGUUGUUCAGAUUGCGAGCACACAAGGCCGCCUCAAAACCCUUUCUACCUGCAGUGGUCAGCUGAUCAUCAUUGCCCUGUAUUAUCUCCCCAGGUGUUUUAUUUAUCUGUCCAGUAAUAUCGGCAUUAGAUUCAGCACUGAUUUACGUAUUGUUAUUAUCAUGUUGUAUAGCCUGCUCCCUCCCAUGAUCAAUCCACUGAUAUACUGUCUAAGAACUAAGGAAAUAAAACAGAUAAUGAUCAAGCGUUUUAGAACAAUACAAGUGCACGUUCAAUAA